AUGCCUACGGGGCUAUUACUGCCUACGGGGCCUAUUACUGCCUACGGGGCUAUUAUCUGCCUACGGGGCUAUUACUGCCUACGGGGCUAUUACUGCCUACGGGGCUAUUACUGCCUACGGGGCUAUUAUCUGCCUACGGGGCUAUUAUCUGCCUACGGGGCUAUUAUCUGCCUACGGGGCUAUUAUCUGCCUACGGGGCUAUUACUGCCUACGGGGCUAUUAUCUGCCUACGGGGCUAUUUACUGCCUACGGGGCUAUUAUCUGCCUACGGGGCUAUUUACUGCCUACGGGGCUAUUAUCUGCCUACGGGGCUAUUACUGCCUACGGGGCUAUUAUCUGCCUACGGGGCUAUUACUGCCUACGGGGCUAUUAUCUGCCUACGGGGCUAUUAUCUGCUUACGGGGCUAUUUACUGCCUACGAGGCUAUUUCCUCUAGGUGGCUGA